AUGUCUGCCGACAACAAGUCCCACCGCCUUUACGUCAAGGGCAAGCACAUCAGCUACCAGCGCGGCAAGAGGAACACCAACCCCGGAACUUCUCUGCUGAAGCUUGAGGGCGUCGACGAUGUCAAGGCAGCUCAGUGGUACGCUGGCAAGAGGGUAGCCUACGUCUACCGCGCACAACGGGCGAUCCAGGGCUCCAAGAUCCGUGUCAUCUGGGGCAAGGUCACCCGCCCUCACGGCAACUCCGGCGUCGUCCGCGCCAAGUUCAAGAACAACCUCCCUCCCAAGUCCUUCGGUGCCUCCGUCCGCGUCAUGCUUUACCCUUCUUCGAUAUAA